UGGUGAUUGUACGCGCAACAUUUUGCCAAUUGCGGUACGUCAACAUCGUAUUUUGAUUUGCUAGAUAUACAACCAUUGCCAUUUUUCUGGGGAACAGAAACCUGCAGCUGAGAUCUGCAUGUUGAGGCAAACUAAGUGAAGUAUAAGUUGUGAUAAAAUAAAGGUUAAUACAACUUUCCAGAUCAUUCCAUGAAAUUCGACGACCGUAUAUGAAUGGUCCAUUUUCUCAAACUAUAAUUGUUUAGUAAUAAUUGUUUUUCAAAAUCUUGAAAUCGACGGAAGGCCAUUGUUGGCAGACAUAGCUUGUUUCUGUAUGUUAACAUACAUAACACAAUUGUGUUAUGUAAAAUGGUACCGUCGCCAAUACGCUAAACGGUCUUUUGAAACUACUUUUUAGGGUGUGUACAUGUUCCAUGUGUUUCAAAGAGAUUUAAAAUAUAUUGACUUGGCUGGCUAAAUUCGAUUUUAAGAUAAAUAUGGGAAUUAUUCGUGAUUGGUUGGGGAGAACUUACUAUCCAAGUUUUGGUGUUAGUCGAAACGAGUAAUAAAUGAACAUUAAAAAAAGCUUAACAACACAAUAUCAUGCGUCCUGACAGCUUGUUUCGCAUUUGUGGUAAUAGCUGGCUGCAAAAUGGGUGGGACAAUUCUGAUCUAUGUUACUACUUCGGAGUUAAUUAACUCCGAACGUUUAUCCUCGUCUGUUGACCAUCAUCACAAACGGAGUAGUUCUCAUUCUUUUGCAGCGCAAAUAAUUGACCAGAAUUACUCUAAAAGUUAGGUUCCGCUGGAUUUCGACAAAGAAGGCUAUUUUUCUGACCAUGGUCCAGUCGAUGAAAUUUGGUUGCCUAGUCGGUGUAGGGUUUUUUGUUACAAAUGUAUAACAGUCGAGACUAUAUCACUUUACAGUAGAGCGAGAAGCCGAAAAGUGGAGAAACAGAUGCCAAAACCAUAUUAACAGAAAUGAAAAGGAUUAAACAUAAGAAGAAAUAUUAAGGGGAUGGAUGACGUAGAGUAAUUAAGAGUAUAUAGUAACACUUCAAAGACAGGUGUCAUGUUACUGUUGCAAGUAGUCUGUAUGAUCCGACCAACAUUUGACCUUUGAGCAGUAACCGAACCUUGAAAUUAUACUGACUAGGUUCAUGACUUAUUUCUUUAGGAUUCUAAAAUAUCAGAACACAGAAUGUAGCAAUUUUAUUACUUUAUUUUAUUUAAACACAUAGGUACAAGAAGACACCAAAUAGGUAUGCGCCACAUAAAUCAUUCAAUUUUUUGUGAGGGUUAGGAUACUGCCCUGGUGCUCAAACCAAAGCAAAUGGUUUCCUUAGGAGGCCACACCUCGAGCUUUUGACCUAGAGGUCUGAUCCACAAGGUAGUGGAGCAACAUCAGGAGAUGCAUUCCCAUGGUAGGCGGUGACCAACGAUUGGUUCAUACGGCAUCUGUCCCCUUAGGGUCCUGGUGCCCAUGUAUAUCACUGGUUUGGGAUCAGGGUUUUCCAACAUCCCUACAUGGAUCCUCCAUAUCCACCAACCCGGUUAAAGCGCCGGAAAUUCGCUUUUUGUCCUCUCAAUUUCUUAAACAACAGUAAUGCCACAAUAAGGCGGUGAAUAGGACUUCCCUGGCAGUGGUUGUAUGUACGUGGCCAUGUGAGAGCAUUUCGAGAGGCGGAGUUCACUCUCGGCCGUAUAUGGGCAUUUGGGAGCAUGUAGCAAUUUAGACAGUAGUUAUCACAUGGUGCCGACUAUAUGGAAUUCGAGGUAGUUAGGACGUUUACCAAUAAGUGGGGAAGAGCCCUGAGGCUAUAGGCUUACUAUCUGAUUGACUUCGACAAUAGUAUUUAGUUUCACAAGUAGUGGAGUUUAAUCCAAUGAAAAGUGUGGGGAGGCAGAAACACAGUGUGGCGGAAAGAGAAGGGAUUCGUUUCUAACAAAUUAAAUAGGCUUUUUACAAGUGUGCUGCCAAAUUGGUUAGAUCUGAUUGAGGUUGAUGCUUAAAGAAAAUUAAGGUUUAUUGACAUGUUCUAGGAAUUACUUGUUACAUCUAGAAGGUAAUCUCGUAACCUUGAUUUGUUUUUCAAGACCAGUCAGUUAGUUCGUCACCAACUUUCAGACUAUUUAUUUAGAACAAAUUAAUGUUCCUAAGAAACUACCCUUAAACAUAUCACCACAAAGUCCUUUUAUAGAGACACUAGCAAUCGGUUUUGAAUGUGGUAAACAAACAAAUAUUUGAUUGAAAACUGUUAUAUGGUCUUCACUAAUAAGGAACCAUCAAUUUACGUGCACUAAAUUAAUUGCGUUGACUUUUGGGUGACAAAGAAGCUCUAACUUAUCAUAUAGACACAAACUUGGUUGCGCUUAGAUAAACGGAAAAUCGCAUGUCUAGAUGAUAUAGGUAUAAAAAGCAACAGAAAAUAGAUUCAAUCAAUUAAGUGGAAAUGUGGGGAUUAGCAUUAGUGGUUCUAAUUUCAUUGUUUAAACUAGGCUUAUGAUUUCGGAACUAAGUCCGCAAUGUAACUGAUAAUCCACAAAAUAGCGAGUUUAUUUAUUCAUUGUUAGCGCCAGGUUUCAUGAACAAAACACCGAUAUAUGGCUUUAAUAAUAUUCCUUUAUCUAGAAGCUCCGCGUGACUUUCAACUAAGGGGUCUUGUGGUAGUAUUUUACCUCGAAAGCUUCGCUAAAAGUACGUAAAUCUUCCUAAAUCCUCUGAUUCGAAAGCUUGAUCGUGUUAGAGUUUGUAACAAAAUGUUGGUUGAGUCAGUAACUUAAGGUAUCUGUCCCAUAUUUUCACUUAACUCCAUUAUAUAUACACACCUUCCCCAUCUACCUUUUGAGACCUAUCUUCUACUUUCGCAGGUUAAAGUCCUGCUUAAUGAAGAUGGUGACAGAAUGUAGCCUUUGGAAUCUUUUGAGUAACAAUGCAAGGAUGUUUAGGGUAUGUUCCCUUAUCAAUGUAAUACUUAAAUUCAGAGCUGGUCUUCAUCAACAUCUAGACUGAUUAUAGGCAGCAAAACUAUUGUGCACGCUAACUACACUUCCUGUCGAGUAUGAACCUCGGUUAGUUGAUAGCUAACAAAGUUUUGGGACAUAUUCGAAAACUUUUCUCUGUUCUUGCCAACUUGCUUCGCUUGGGAAUUAUAUAUGUCUGUCAACCAAGGGGUAUGUUGCACACCCGUCCUAUCUGUGUUACUCUAUGUUUAUGAAACAUAGUCUGUGAAAGUAGAAGAUAUAUAUAGGCUGCAAGUUUCUCACCAUACGUUUCUUCGAAGCAUUGGCUGCGUAUCGUAGAACAACCGAGUGAGCUGUCAUGAGGUUAGACGUACCAUACAAUAUGGUUAAUUGUUUGAUAAGGUUGUAAGUCUUCAUUGGCUGUGAGGUGUAUUAUAUGUCCCCAACCAUCAUCAUAUUCAAGGCCCUUAGGCAUUUCGGCCUCUAAAUAGAUUGCAAGAAAGCUGGCGGCAGUCAAAUUAGGACAUAACAUUAGUCCAUGAGGUCAUUGAUUGAGAGCUUCCCUGGUUGAGACAUCAGUUGACGUGGCUAAAAUUUGGUCGUAUCGGUACAAAUCUAUUCAUUCUUUAUCUUGUCGAUUUUAAAUCUCAACACGUUGAACCUUAUGUUCCUCUGUUUCAUCCCUUUUCGGAACUCAUGUUUGAUUGUCUUCACAAUCAUUGACAUUACUAUUACCUUGAUUCACCUCCCAUGUAUUUUGCUGGUUUCGUUCCUCUGUGAUAAUGUGGUGUGUCAAAGUAGGCUGAUGCAUAUUUGUGCCAAGUCUUGACGGGUUUACAGUGCUAUCGUCCAUUUAUGUAGUUGAUAGAUGACUUUCUACUGCGAUCCUAUUGGUAAAUUCAAAUUCUACUUCCAAGCUCACGCAUAAACCCCACAUUUACAGGAGCGUAAAAUGACCCUAUUAAAUCACCAAAAAAUCCCCUUGGCAAGUUUUGGAUGUUUGCUUCAUUGAUCAAGUGCGUUCAAGUGAAGUUAAGGAGUAACACUUCAGAUUUUUGGCUAGAGAGACGUGUCUUCCAUUUGUACGUGGGGUCCGAUCACUGAGGACUUUAGUAUGUCGUCUGAACUACGAUUUCCAUCGCAGAGUAUGAAGUAAAGGUGGUAAUUCAGUCUGUAUAGUAUUGAGGACACACACACAGUUGCCAAUAACUGCAACAAUACACUGUUUAACAUAGAAGUAUGCUAAAAUAAAACCGAGUGUUUACAUCAGAAUGACUCUGGUAUGUGAAGUUAUUAAAUAAUAUGCUAAAUCGUAUUAAAAAGUGCAGUUUUCCCAGUAGGGAUUUGGGAGAGUUGUUAUUUUGGGCCGGACUGAUGAAGUUGUGUUCAUUUUUCGUUCUUCCUUUUAGCCUUAAAUAGCGUUGCUUCAUAUUUCUCAUUCUUCGACUACAUUGAUUCUUUAGACUACCUCUUAUUUUUCAUCAUUCCCACCACUCUUGGUCUUAUUAAUUUAAAUUUUACUUUUACACCUGUCGAGUUCUUCUUGGUAUUUUGUGUUUUGCAACCUGGGGUGUGACUAAUCUGUAGUAUAUCCUGUUUUUCUGCCUGUCUACUGAAGUGUUAGAAAUUCAAGUCAAAAUGUUUGUAUUGACAGUAAGAAUUUUGGCUGUUAAUAUCAGGACUAAUAAUUAAUCUGUCAUACAUUGUUGUAUCAUUUUAUAUCGUAAAAUUACAGAAGUUUCUUUUGUUGUUCUUUCGAAGUCUGAUUAAAAAACUACAUUUUUCAGCUUUAUCCAAUGGAAGCUGACAAAGAGCCGUCGAUCAACAUAGACAGUUCAGAAAUAGUUGUCCUUAGUUCAGAUGAUGAAAAUGAUUCACAGAAUUCUCAUGACAAUAUUUCAAAUGAAAAACUUUCAAGCAGUGUUAUAUCUGUCGAAGAUGAUGAUGAUAAUAAUACUAAUAAUGACGAGUCUGCCGAAAGCGAUUGUGAGAUCUUAAAUGUUGAAGAGUUGCAAGGUGAAGAGAAGUGGCGUGAUAUUCAUGGUCCUUUCAAGCGGCUGAAUAGGCUCAUACAAGCUGGCUUUAAUGAUCCACGGCUAUUGUUGGUUCGUGUUUUUGGGAUGGAUGAAAACUCUUUACCAUCUGAUCCUAACCAAUUAUUAAGUUUAUUAUUGACACUUUUGGCCGAACCUGCUCCACGACGUAGACUGCGCCGUAUAAAUAGUUUAGAAAAAGUUCUGUCACUUCUGUCUACUUGUACAUCAAUCCUCGUAAUCACUGGUGCUGGGAUUUCAGUGUCAUGUGGAAUUCCUGAUUUUCGUUCUCGUGAUGGUAUCUAUGCUCGCUUAUCUCGGGAUUAUCCAGAUCUAUCAAGUCCACAGGCAAUGUUUGACAUGUCAUAUUUCAAACGAAAUCCUAUUCCUUUCUUUAAAUUCGCCAAGGAGCUCUUCCCUGGUCAGUUUUCACCCUCGAUUACUCACCGGAUGAUUGCCUUAUUGGAGUCCAAAGACAAAUUAUUGCGUAACUACACACAGAAUAUCGAUACUUUGGAACAGGCUGCUGGAAUUACUCGACUUAUUCAGUGUCAUGGUUCAUUUGCAUCAGCCACUUGUACAAACUGUAAACUAAAAGUUACAUCGGAUUUUAUUAAAGAGGCUAUUUUUAAUCAAUCUAUACCACGAUGUACAAAUUGUUGGCCGUCAAAAAUCGAUUCGUCAUCAUUAUUACCAGAUGAAAUGAAUGACUCGGAGUCUACAAAUCAUUCAUCUGAUUUAUCUACCGUAGAAGAAAAUCCUAAUAAUAAUAAUAGUAAUAAUAAUAAUAAUAAUAAUAAUAAUAAUAAUAUGUCAGUUGAUACAUCUCCAAAAGUUAAAUCGAAACGAACUAAUAAAUCUCGACGUAGACUAGCUUCAUAUGGUGUAUUAAAACCAGAUAUCGUGUUUUUUGGUGAAGGUUUAUCAAAUGAAUUUCAUGACUCUCUUUCCAAUGAUAUAAAACAGACGGAUCUAGUUUUAGUUAUUGGAUCAUCGUUAAAAGUUCGACCUGUCUCUCAUAUUCCUAAUGCUGUUCCUAGACAAGUUCCACAAAUACUUAUUAAUAGAGAACCUUUAUCUAAUCAUGAUUUCGAUGUUGAAUUGCUUGGAGAUUGUGAUAUCAUUGUCAGCGAAUUAUGCCAUCGAUUGGGUUGGGAAGUUUCCGGAUUAUCAGACUAUACACCUCUUACUGAAAUUCCCUUAAAUUCGCUAAAAAAUACAACUGAACCACUAAAAUCUGAUGAAAAAUCUCCAAAUAUAUCCCAUCUCAUUGCUCAGGACACAGUGUCUUCGGACUUAGUGAACAAUCAAUCCCAAAUAAAUAAUUCAGAAGUUGAUGGAAAGACUUGUACCUCUACUGUUGUUUCUACGUCUGAUAAUUCUUCAGACGUGAUUAAUAAGAAUUCUCCGAAUGAUGCAGUAAUUGAAGUCAGUGAAGAUGAGGAAGAUGGAGAGUGUGUUUGGGAGGUAGCGUCAAGUUUACCACCUGGAACAUUUACUCGUAUUUAUCCAAAUCAAUAUGUUUUCCCUGGUGCUGAAAUAUAUUUAGACAGUAAACCCGGUGAAGUAACGAUCUCAUGUAAUGCCUCAGAUAUCUCUAUUACGUCGAAUGCAUCAUCAGCAUCGUCUAUUUCCGGUCAUAAUGAUGACUUAGAUCAGAUAAGAGAUUCACUUAAAGAUGAAUCUGUUUCCAUUGAUAUAACUGAAAAAGAAGAGUCCAGUAUUCAUUCAUCUGAUUCGCGUAAAUCUUUAAAACGGCAUAAUUCCAAUGAGAAUCUGUCUUUGAAUAAACAAUCAUCGUUAAAACAACCUCGAUCUAUGUAAAGAAAAUAACUAAAAAAAAAUAAAAGUAAACUGGAAGACAUGAAAAUCAUUCAGUAAAGAAGUAGAAAAGAAAACAAUUAACAUGAAUCUCAUUAAAACAAAGACGACAACAAAAAGCUUGUUAGCUAUUUUUAUUCUUUUUCUUCUCAUCCCAUCGUUGCUUAUAUCCAUAAAUUUUUGUGUAAAUAAAAUAUAUAUAUAUAUAUAUCACAUAUUUUGUGUGUUUAUUUUUAUUCUUUACCGAUAUAUGUGUGUAUAUCCUUCUUUUUUUCAAUGGAACAUUUCGUGACUACCUGUUUAUGACCACUUUUCAUUGAGUUAAAUUAAUUCACACAUUGUUAAUAUAGAUUCUGUAAAAAAAAGGAGGAACGAAGAUUAUAAUGAUAAUUAUUAUCAGUGUUUCCUUUCAAACACAUUUCCAUGUAUGUUUCUCACUUAUUUUAUUUGAAAAAGUUCUUCCCCCUUUCCUUUCUUACUUAUUAUUAAUUUAUUCAUGAUGAAUUUUGAACAUGUUUUUCUAUGCAUUUGUUGUACACUAUAAACUUAUUUUCUCGGUUAUUGUUUUACAAACAAUUAUUAUAUUAACAAGUUCUUAAGAGAUAAAUAUUGCUUUUUUUUUAAAAAUUUAAUGGAACAAUAUGUCAUCGUUUAGCAAUUUAUGC